AAAUAAAAAAAAAAAUGACACAAAUGAAAUUCCCUAUACGUCGGUGUGACGUUGUUUCACUGCUUGCACUAGAACUGUCUCUCCACGCACUCUCUCGAGGAAACAAGAGAGGAACGUCAAUUUCAUCGAGUAACGAAUAACGCAGGAACGAAUAUAUGGCGAAUUCGAACAAGAAUGGAAUUGCUUCCACCAACAUUUCUGCUUUACACUGCAUCGAUCUCUCCAGUCCUGACAUCCAUACCUCUGUUUCUCUCCUCAAAAAGGCUUGCUUAGAUUCAGGAUUUUUCUAUGUUGUCAAUCAUAAAAUCAGCCAGGAGUUUACGGAUGAAGUUUUCGCUCAAAGCAAAAAGCUUUUUGACCUUCCUUUGGAAGAGAAAAUGAAGCUUCUUAGGAAUGAGAAACAUCGGGGUUACACUCCUGUUCUAGAUGAGCAUUUGGAUGCUGUCAAUCAAAUAAACGGUGACUAUAAGGAGGGAUAUUACAUUGGUGUUGAAGCACUUGAAGAUGAUCCUGAUGCUCAGAGACCAUUUUAUGGGUCAAAUGUGUGGCCUACUGCAGGUAUCUUGCCUGGAUGGAGGGAAACUAUGGAGAAGUAUCAUCAAGAGGCACUUGAGGUGACAAAAGCAGUAUCGAGGCUCAUAGCCCUUGCACUUGACCUUGAUGCUGACUUUUUUGGUCAGCCAGAGUUUCUCGGCAAACCAAUUGGUACUUUGCGUCUGCUGCAUUAUGAAGGCAAACUUUCUGAUCCAUCAACUGGCAUUUUUGGAGCUGGUGCACAUACUGACUAUGGUCUGAUUACUCUUUUGGCCACAGAUGAUGUCUGUGGCCUUCAGAUAUGCAAGGAUAAGGAUGCUAAGCCUCAGAUUUGGGAGUAUGUGCCACCAUUAAAAGGUGCUUUUGUAGUGAAUCUUGGUGAUAUGCUUGAGCGCUGGAGCAACGGUAUAUUCAGGUCAACAUUGCAUCGGGUCCUUGGAAAUGGUCAAGAAAGAUAUUCUAUUGCAUAUUUUGUGGAGCCCAGUCACGACUGUCUUGUUGAAUGCUUGGCGACCUGCCAAUCAAAAGAUAACCCACCGAGGUAUCCUCCAAUUAAAUGUGAGACCUACUUGCUUCAGCGUUACAAGGACACUCAUGUUGAUCUGUGUUCUUACAAAUAAGAUAGGAGAUGGUGGUAACUAGUAAAGCUAUAAAUGGUACCCCCGACUUUUCUUACACAGUUUAUAAGGGUCCAGUCUUUGAAUUAAGUUCGACUGGGUUGUAGAACACACUCUGUUCGAGUCUUUGAAUUAAGUUCGACUGGGUUGUAAAACACUAUCUGUUAAGCUCUAUAUGAUGUUACUGUUGGACUGUAAGCAUUGGGCUUUAAAGACUUUAAGCAUUGGGCUUUAAAGUCUAAGAGUGUGAAUUGGGAAUUGGUGGGAAAUAAAAUGGAGGGAAAUGAAAAUUUGAAUCAAA